GGUCGCUACCAGAGGGACAAGCGGUCUGGUAAACGCCACCAAGGCGGCAGCGCUUCGAUGGCUGGAGCUAGCUCCAGCCAUCGAUACGACAGCGCCGUGACAGGCUCUCGUGGCUUGCGCAGCCACGCCGCGCAUCGUUCCACUUCUCGAAGAUAUUUGAAGGAACGUGUAACGCCCGCAGCCGAGGACGCGUCGGUUUUGUAACUUUGCACGACACCGUGUGUGUGUGUUGAGGUGGUUCCGUCGGCCGUCGGCGCGUCGGGCGAUACACGUAGCGGUUCUUGCGUGUUGGUAGCAGCUCACGGGGACAACCCUGGACCAUGGGAGGGGGCAUCUCGACGAACGGCGACUUGUCGCAAAUGAUCGCGUGCACGAUGUUGAUUGGCGAGGCCAUGUUCCAAGGCCUGGAUCCGCGCUACGUCCGGUUUCCAGACAUGUACCGCCUCUAUGACUUUCACGUGGGCAAGACCAAGUUUCGAACGUACAAACCUGGAGGCGCGACGUACGUCGUAUUCAACGCAGACGGGUCGUCUGGGGUGAUCGAUCGCGUAACGGGUGCGCCGCCGCCCGAAGUCGACGACUCGCCUCGCGACGACAUUGACGAAGACGACAAGUCCAAGUACUUGGUGGUACACUUUGGCGACGACCGCAUCGUCGUCGAUCUUGCCAUGAUCAACACCCCCAACAAAGAUGGGUGGACACCGCUGCAUGCGAGUUGCCACACGCUCAAUGCAGUCGACGCCGGCAAGGCCAUUUUGAAAGCCGUCCUGGCGCAGGACCCGUCCGCCGACCUCAACAUCAAGACGAGUCGAGGGCCCGGAUCGUUCUCGAGCGGCUACACCCCGCUCCACAUUGCAUGUGCAUAUGGGAUGGAAGCGUUGGUGGUCAAGCUGAUCCAGGCGAAAGCGGAUGUGCAUGUCACCAACUCGGUGCAGUGGACUCCGCUCCACGAAGCUUGCCAUCGGGGCUACACGUCCAUCGUAAAAGAGCUCUUGCAUGCAGGGGCCAAGCACGACGGAGUUUGUCCGGAAUUCGCGCUCUGUCCGUUCCCCGGGCAAACGCCGCUGGGGGAAGCUGCCCGCCAAGGCCACCUCGAUACGCUCAAACUGCUGUUGGAUCACGGGGCCGAUAAAAACGGGGUCAACGCGCUCAACUGGACGGCACUGCACGAAGCGGCAUACCAUAACCGCAGCGACGUCGUACAGAUGCUCGUCGUGUACGGCGCAGACGUUCGGAUGAAGACGAAUCGAGGGGCCAUGGCAAGCGAGUUGACCAUUUCGUCCGAGAUCAAAACGAUGCUGGAAGACAUGGCGAGUCAUGAGGUCGACGCUGCCGUGCGCAACGAGAACGGCAACAACAACGCAGCCAGUCAUGGUGGCAACAGCCCAGGCAAGGCCAGCGCUUCCAAGACGAGUCCGUCCAAAGAACGGGUCGACGUCAAAGCUCCGGACGGCCCACUCAGUCGCAAAGAAGAGUUUGCCCUCCUCGGCGACUUGCCGUCGCUGCAGCGGCUCCACGUUCCUGCUAAAGCCGAUCAAGUGCAUGGUUGCAAAACGGAGGGCAAAGCGCACAAGAAAAAGUCCAAGCGCAAGCAGUCCAAGGACGAAGCGGUCCCGGCAGAAUUCCAGUGCGCCAUUACGCACAAGUUGCUCGUCGAUCCAGUCAAGUCACCGUACGGCCACGUGUUUGAGCGCCACGUGAUUGAAAAGUGGAUCCAAGAUUAUGGCCAUCGUUGUCCGAUCACGGGAGAACCGUUGGGGCACGGUCAACUCACCCCCGACGCCCAUCUCAAGCAAGAAAUUGCGGCAUGGAACGCGCCAGUGUCGAUUUCGGCCACGACAGCCGGCAGUCCACCCAAGAAGCAGGAAGAAGUCAAGGUCGUGGCAAGUUCCGCCGUCGAAUCGAAACUAGACGCCAAGGAUCCCGACGAAGAUGACAUGUACUCGUUCUAAAAGCAGCGACCAUCGCAUCGAUAAAAAAGCCCAUCUCCAUGACCA